AUGUUUAAGUCGUGCGACUACUGCCGGCACCGCAAAAAGCGAUGCGUGGUAGAUGGGGCGGGCUCGCGCUGCACGGACUGCGAGCAUUUGGAUCUGCCAUGCGAGUUUAGCCAGCGACGGCCGAGCCUCAAGCGGCGACAGACGUCGCGGAACAUUGCUGCACGGCUGGGACUGGGAGGUGAAGACAGUAGACCGACAGACGUGCCACCAGUUGCGAGCGGACUGGCCGUUCCGGACGACGGUGUUUUUUCUGACGCUGGCCGGCGAAGGGUGAAGGUCGACAGCCUGACCGGCAAGAUCAACAAAACGCUGCUGGAGAGGCGAGCAGCAGGCGGUUCAGAUGGAAGCACGGCGAGCAACGAACAGCGCAGGUACUCAGAAGGCGGCGGUGUACUACGAAACUCGCUGUAUGACCGUUAUGUGCAUGAUGUCCAGCCCUUCCUGCCAUUCGUCGCAGUCGAGAUGCUUGCUGACGACGUUUUUGAUGAGAGCGGCAUUCUCGCCGACUGUUUGUCACGGGCCUGCGCCCUGUCUCUUCACUUGAUGCAUGCACAACGCUCUGGCGACGGUUCUGCACUCGACGACGCAAUUGCACGGCAACACGAUCUCUCCUUGGCCGAUGCUGCCGGCGUUCUGUUGCUGAUGCCCUGCAUGCAUUUUUCUGAAGCAACAAUCGAGCGUAUUCUCAAAACGGUCGAGGCCACCAGCAUACGAAGGCAGGAAGAGGAGCAGCAGCAGCAUACAUCGAUACCUCGCUCUUUUGGUAUCCCAGCGUGCGUCAUGGCGGGAGCUGUCAGUGCGUACACGUGGAGGCAACUCGUCGGCCGGCCGACCACUUUGCUCCGUCUACCGACAAACAUGCUGCAUGGAUAUGCAAUGUCGCUGGGCGAGCGCACUUUCGCACGACACUAUCUGCUGCUUGCCGACAUUGGAGCGCGGUUCAACCAACAAUGCAUCCGCACCGAGCUGGACGGCAUCAGCGACGCCAAUGACGCCACGCAAACACAAAUUACGCGCAUCGCUUGGGCCAAGCUCGAGUACGAAUGCCUCUUGUGGCAAGUCCGCCUGCCACCCCAUCUUCUGGACCUUCGAGACGAGCUGCCGGCCACACCCGAGUCUCUCGUGAUGCACCAGCUCUCCAGCCUGGUCCUGCUCUCCCUGUACAGCUAUAUCCUCAACCGCGCCGACACGCUGGGAGGUCUUAUUGCUCUUCGUCCUGUGCCUGGCGUGCUCUACUUUAUGUGCGCAUUGGCCCGCAGUGUAUUCAUCUGCCCUCGCGCUGUUCUCGACCGAUGGGAUCUGAUUGUGGACAUCCGCGCGACGACGGCGCGCAUCAUGCUGCAGCUGUGGCACCAGACACAUUUUGAAAACUGCCGAGCCAUCCUGGAUAUGUGGACGGAUGUGGAGGAGAGGCAUGCGGCGUUUGCAGCUCAGGUCCGUGAGGAAAUCGGAACGGGCCCAUGGACCGUGGACGAGAUUGACGGCUACUCGGUGUUUUGGACAUAUCGGGACUUGAGGGCACUGACUCUGGAGCUGAUUGUUGGAGACCCCGGUAUGCGAUAA